AUGAUUGAAGUUAGAACGGCUAAUGGAUAUGAAUUGCAUGGUGAGUAUUUUACUUUAUAGCCAGUUUGAUACAACCAUCAAUAUAAACGGUUUGGAACGAGAACCUAAACAAGAAAUGUUUUUACACGUCAUUUUAAGUACGAUGGAGCGUAAAACUUAUUCAAUUCUGCAAAAUUACAGAAACCAACAACCCAUCAUCGAACCUGUUCAACAAGCUCAUGAUGUUGAACUCAAUGCUGGGAUUGGACUCAUCUGUUUUCAAAAUUCCACAAAAGAGUUACAUUGAAAAGCCUACUGACAAUGAAAUAUUUAAUUAUGCUUUUAGAAAUUUUAAUGAAAUGAGAGUAUAA